AUAACCUAACCUGCAAAAUUGAGUUGAUUGUUGACUUGUUGAUACUUGAAUAAUCUUAUCAACUAAUAUUUCAGAUAAGGAUAAUUGUACCUAGAUUUCAGCAGAACUUGAACAAUCUAACAUCGACUUGUCCCAUGGCAACUUCAAAAGUAGCAGUUGUUACUGGAAGUAACAAAGGCAUCGGAUUUGCGAUUGUAAAAGCACUAUGCCAAAAGUACGAUGGUAUUGUGUACUUAACAGCAAGAGAUGAAUCGAGAGGGAAGGCGGCUGUGGCUGAACUGAAUAAGCAAAAUCUGAAACCAGAGUUUCACCAAUUGGAUAUAACUUGCAAGAAAAGCAUUGCCAAGUUUGCAGACUUCAUCAAAACUAAACAUGGAGGUCUAGAUGUACUUGUCAACAACGCUGCCAUAGCUUACAAAAAUGCGGCAACAGAACCCUUCAGUGAGCAGGCAGAGGUAACGGUGGCAGUGAACUACUUUGCACUAGUCGAUGUCUGUGAGGCACUGUUUCCAUUACUCCGACCUCAUGCCAGAGUCGUCCACAUCUCCAGCUCGGCUGGUCAUCUCCUCCGUAUACCCAGUACAAAGUUACAAGAGAGAUUCAAGGAUCCCUCUCUCACGGUCGAGAAACUUAGCGAGCUCAUGCGUGAGUUUGUCAAAUCUGCUGCAAAGGGUGACAAUAUGGAGCAGGGAUGGGGACAGAGUGCCUAUGCUGUGUCCAAAGUUGGUGUGACUGCUCUGACCAGGGUACAGCAGCGCCAGUUCGACACAGAUCCUAGACCUGGUAUAACUGUCAAUGCUGUACAUCCUGGGUACGUGUCCACAGACAUGAGCAGUCAUAAAGGACCUCUCACCAUUGAACAAGGAGCGGAUGCUCCAGUACAUAUGGCACUAUGGCCAGUGGAAGAGAGUGCUCCUCGAGGUCAGUACGUGUGGAAUGACCGCAGGAUUGUGAGCUGGACAGAUCCUCUAGACUGACAACACUAAUCUUGGGCUGUCAACAAAUAACUGCAAGCAUUUGUAGAUUUAUUUGCUUCAAGACAAUGCCACGACAUUGUAAUUAUACAUUUCACUGUUAUAAAAUUAAAAGUGAUUAAAAGGCCAUAGAAUAUUUUUAUUGUAAGCAAUCAUUACUUCUUUGUUAAUAUUAGCCAGUGGUGUAAUACCGUUAUCACUAAUGAGAGAGUUAUUUUUGUAUCAAGAUCGUAAUCCGAUAAUGAUGUCAUUGACUAAAUGUUUUUAUAGUGUUAUCUCUUUACUAGUGUAUGGAUUAUGGUUGAAAUGUCUGUUUAAUGUUUAUAAAUAAAUUAUAAAUUUAUUAUAAA